AUGCUGAAGAGACUCAGCAGCAACUUGAAAAGAGACAAAGAAGGAUGCCAAUCUUUUCCCAACAAGUUCAAACAGAUCGAGCCGUUGCUGUACACGUGCGGGUGCACCGGGACUGCAGCAGCAGCAGCAGCAGCAGCAGCAGCAGCAGCAGCAGCAGCAGCAGCAGCGGCGAGGGAGAAGCAGCAGCAGCAGCAGCGAGGGGGAAGCAGCAGCAGCAGCAGCGAGGGAGAAGCAGCAGCAGCAGCAGCAGAGGGAGAAGCAGCAGCAGCAGCAGCAGAGGAAGAAGCAGCAGCAGCAGCAGCAGCAGCAGAGGGAGAAGCAGCAGCAGCAGCAGCAGAGGGAGAAGCAACAGCAGCAGCAGCAGCAGCAGAAGCAGCGGCAGGAGAAGGAGAUGAGAUGGGUUUAAAAGGGAAUAAAAAGGGUUAA